CUCUCGCGGGAGGGAUUCCUGGAGACGCUGCAGUGUGGCGGCGCUCCCGGCGCCGCGCAGCCCCUGUGCCGCCUCCGCCUCCCUCCCCACCCGCCUUCCUCCCCACCCGACUUGCCCAGCCCGCCGGUGGCCACUGCCGCCGCUUAAACUUAACGCCCGGCGCGCCGCCAGCCCGCUGAGCGCGGGGGAGGGGGGGCCAGGGCAGCCUUCCUGCCGUGCGCGGGGGCGAUCUGCCGCGCACCCCGCCGAGCACCGCAGCCUCGCCCCGGGAGGGGCCCGUGCGCGCCUGGCGGUGCCGCGGGGAGAGGCUGAAGGACGACCCGGCUGCGCCCGCCUGGGCUGUCAGGGAGAAAAGGAUAUUUUUGUGAGCUGUGAAGAAGCUGGAAAGUGACUGCCCAGAGCCUUCCUUCAAGAUUCCCCUGUGAAAAGCAGGUUGAUGCCAGUCAUAUAAGAAACGUGGAGGCCUGAAUAAACAAAGAGAAGAGAGUCAAGCCCCCAGCCAGUAUUGUGAACACUUGAGCAGUGGCUAAAAUGGUGAGUGAAAGCCAUCACGAGGCCCUGGCAGCACCGCCGGCUACCACAGUAGCAGCAGCCCUUCCAAGUAAUGUCACUGAGCCAGCCAGUCCUGGAGGAGGAGGAGGAGGAGGAGGAGGAGGAAAAGAAGAUGCAUUUUCUAAGUUAAAAGAGAAGUUCAUGAAUGAACUGAACAAAAUUCCACUGCCACCUUGGGCCUUAAUAGCCAUAGCCAUAGUUGCAGUCCUAUUAAUUCUUACCUGCUGCUUUUGUCUCUGUAAGAAAUGCUUGUUCAAAAAGAAGAACAAGAAGAAGGGAAAGGAGAAGGGAGGGAAGAAUGCUAUUAACAUGAAAGAUGUUAAAGAUUUAGGGAAAACCAUGAAAGAUCAGGCUCUUAAGGAUGAUGAUGCUGAGACUGGGCUGACUGAUGGAGAAGAGAAAGAAGAACCCAAGGAAGUGGAGAAACUUGGGAAAAUCCAAUAUUCCCUGGAUUAUGACUUCCAGAACAAUCAGCUUCUGGUUGGGAUUAUUCAAGCAGCUGAGCUGCCUGCAUUAGACAUGGGUGGUACAUCUGAUCCCUACGUGAAAGUUUUCCUGCUGCCUGACAAGAAGAAAAAAUAUGAGACAAAAGUCCACAGAAAGACCCUGAACCCUGUUUUCAAUGAACAAUUUACAUUCAAGGUGCCAUACUCUGAGCUGGGAGGAAAAACUUUAGUGAUGGCAGUUUACGACUUCGAUCGUUUCUCCAAACAUGAUAUCAUUGGGGAAUAUAAGGUUGCAAUGAACACAGUGGACUUUGGUCAUGUCACUGAGGAGUGGAGGGAUUUGCAAAGUGCAGAGAAGGAGGAGCAAGAAAAGCUGGGUGAUAUCUGCUUCUCCCUCCGUUACGUGCCGACCGCUGGCAAACUGACCGUCGUCAUUCUGGAGGCAAAGAACUUGAAGAAGAUGGAUGUCGGUGGGCUGUCAGAUCCCUAUGUGAAGAUCCACCUGAUGCAGAAUGGUAAGAGGCUGAAGAAGAAAAAGACCACAAUUAAAAAGAACACUCUGAACCCCUACUACAACGAGUCUUUCAGCUUUGAAGUACCAUUUGAGCAAAUUCAGAAAGUGCAAGUUGUUGUGACUGUUUUGGACUAUGACAAGAUUGGCAAGAAUGAUGCCAUCGGGAAAGUCUUCGUGGGCUACAACAGCACCGGUGCGGAGCUGCGGCAUUGGUCAGACAUGUUGGCCAACCCUCGGCGGCCCAUCGCGCAGUGGCACACCUUGCAGCCCGAGGAGGAGGUGGAUGCCAUGCUGGCCGUCAAGAAGUAAAGUCAAUUCCCUUCAAAUCAACCAUGAAGAGGGAAAAAAGGAGAAGAAAAAAAAGCCUUUUCUGCAUUUGCCCACAUAGUGCUCUUUAGCCAGUAUCUGUAAAUACCUCAGUAAUAUGGGUCCUUGCGUUUCCAGCCAUGUGUUCCUGACACAAUCAAGUCGUCCUUUUCAGUCCCCCUCCCCUUUUUGAUUUGCACAGAUUUCAAUGUAGAGAGCCCUUCUGAAGGCGCUUCAUUCCACCCUCUGCCCCACCCCCUGCCCCCAGC